UUCCCUCUCUCUAAACAGCUUUAGCACUAACCCUCUCUUAUUUUCCCCACAAAUUAACCCUCUCUUUCAUUUUUGUCGCGGAUGAUUUUUCCCCCAAAAUUAAUCCUCUCUUUCAUUUUUCUACCGGAUGAGGCAUCUUUGAAGAGCCUAACGGUCGUUGAGAAGCCUCCUACUGAUGAUAUUUUUCCUAUUUUUUUUGAAAAUUUUGUUGUUCCUUAUCGAGGUCCCUGCGGUUUCCAGAUAAGAAUAUCAGUUGUGGAAAGUUUGUUUUCCUCCCUUGGAUUACAGAAAACAGAGGCCUUCACAAGAGCUGGUAGCCAAAGAUCUUCAUGGCAUAGAGUGGAAAUUUUGGCAUAUCUAUCGGGGUACAGAAACUUUCUAUGUUUGGAUGCACAUUGAGUAAAACAUUCCAGGGCUUGGUGGAUGUUGAAUAAAGUGGUGUAUGUGGAUUACUUAAUGAAGGGAAAAUUGCACUUUUUUCUCUUCAUGCUUUUCCUCAUUAUAUUAUCUUCGCUCUACAUUUUUCUUUGUACUGUGAUUUUUUUUUUGUUUAGUUAAGCUAUAGUGCAGCUUGUGAACAACACAUUUCCAUGUGUUCAUCUGGAAACAACUGAUUUGAGGGAAAUAGUUAAGCGUUUCAUA